AUGACGGACUCCAGGCCCAACAUUGUCUUCAUCAUGGCUGAUGACCAUGCCUCCAAGGCCAUCAGCGCUUACGGGGCUGGUAUUAAUCACACGCCAAAUAUUGACCGUCUCGCAUCGGAGGGGAUGAAGUUCAACCAUUGCUAUGUCACCAACUCCAUCUGCACUCCGUCCCGUGCGGCAAUUCUUACCGGCACGCACAACCAUGUCAACGGCGUUAUGACGCUAAACGACAACAUCAACAAGCACUUGCCGAACGUUGCGAAGCAUAUGCGCACCGGCGGAUACAGGACUGCGAUGGUCGGGAAGUGGCACUUGGGCGAGGGCAGACCACAUGAACCCACGGGCUUUGACUACUGGUCUGUUCUGCCCGGACAGGGAGACUACUGGGACCCCGAGUUCAUUGAGCCAACGGGCGAGAAGAUUGAAGAAGGCUAUGUUACGGACAUCAUCACCGACAAGUGCCUCGACUGGAUCUCAAAGACCAAGGACACCGACAAGCCCUUCUUCUUAAUGUGCCACCACAAGGCGCCGCACCGCUCGUGGGAGUGCGACGAGAAGCACAAAGACCUGUAUAAAGACACGAUACGCGUUCCCGAGACAUACGACGACGACUACAAGAACCGCGCAAAGGCUGCAAAGGUUGCAAAGAUGCGCGUGGCUGAAGACAUGACGUACCAGGACCUGGGACUUGUGCAGCCAGACGGCGGUAACAAGGUCGGCGAUCGCGUCGUCCAGGAGGCUGGCUCUGCGCAGCGCAAGAUUCCCAUAGACGCCAAGAGACUGAUCGAUAAAGAGGACGGAACCAUGUUCACCUUCAAGAGUCAAGACGACCUCGCCCAUUUCAAGUUCCAAAGGUACAUGCAGCGAUAUCUGCGUACCAUCCAGUCUGUCGACGACAAUGUCGGGCGAAUGCUUGACUACCUCGAGGCCAACGGACUCGCGGAAAACACCAUUGUGAUCUACACCUCCGACCAGGGUUUCUUCCUCGGCGAGCACGGCUGGUUCGACAAGCGAUUCAUGUACGAGGAGUCUUUCCAGAUGCCCUUCCUCAUUCGAUAUCCCGCGGGAAUCGCCAAAGGUUCCAUAUCCGACGACAUCAUCUGCAAUGUCGAUUUUGCGCCUACCUUCCUCGAUUUCGCGAAUCUUCACAUCCCGAGCUACAUGCAAGGCGAAUCCUUCCGCCAGUUGCUGCAGGGGAACACGCCGACGGAUUGGCAACAGAUCGCCUAUCACCGGUACUGGAUGCACAAUGAUAUCAUUCACCACGCCUACGCGCAUUAUGGUGUAAGAGACCAGCGAUACAAACUCAUCUACUGGUACAACGAGCCGUUGGAAGUCAGUGGUGCCAGGCCAGGUGGGGAGAAGGAUAAGGAGUGGGAGCUGUUUGACUGCGAGAAGGAUCCGUUGGAAUUGUUCAAUGUUUAUCGUGAUCCGGCUUAUUCUGAGACCGUGAAGCAUAUGACACAAUUGCUGGAGUUGAAGAUGGAACAAAUCGGUGACGAGCCUGUUCAUCCGAGAGGUGGUGAUCUGGGUAGGUCGGUGAGUAUGGCGAGUAAGUUGUAAGGCAAAAUACAAACCAUCCUACGGUCUACUUCGAAUGAGUAACUAGAGUAGUCGGC